AUGCCACUGCACGUGGGGCUCCUGUUGGUUUGGGUCUGCUGGUGUCUCAGUGUGGUCGGUCAGCUGCUGGAAGGUGACAAGUGUUUCUUUCCAUUCUACUAUAAAAAUGCAAUACAUCAUGACUGCAUCAAGUUCAAGGCGAAACAGAAGUGGUGCUCAUUGAACGAGACUUACAACGGAUAUUGGAAGUAUUGUUCUGAAGGAGACUUCGCAAAAUGUGUGUUUCCCUUCUGGUACAGACGCAUGAUCUACUGGGAAUGUACUAAUGAUGCGGAAACAUUUGGGAAAAACUGGUGUUCACUGACGCAGAAUUAUAACAAGGAAAAGAUUUGGAAAUACUGCGACUAGUGGUGAGAU